CCCCGGGCACUUAUUACGUCGAAUACGGUACUUCUAUUAAGACCGGAUUUUCCAAGAUGGCGGCCCCAAGCCCUCGCUACACACUUUACAUGUCGGGGACAUCAUACUACGCCCAGAAGGUUAUGAUGGCACUGUUCGAGAAAAAAGAACCAUUUGUAGAAAAGUUGGUUAACCAAAGCAUAGACGACAACUACGAAAGCUGGUACAUGAAGCUAAACCCGCUGGGGAAGGUUCCAGUUAUGGAGGACAGAGGGAAGAUCAUCCCCGAAUCUGACGACAUCAUCGACUACCUUGACAAGGAAUUGCCCCAAGCACCACGCCUUGUACCUGAUCCGUCCUCAGACCUCGGCCGUGAGGUGGCGCACUUCAGGAAGCUGCUGGACGUCAACGUGAUCCUCAUCGUCUUCGGCAUCGCCUACAACCCCAACCUCUCCCCUGACUACACCGCCGUGAAGACACGGGAAGAGCUGGAUAAGAUGAUUGCUGGUAAAAUCGCAAAGCUUGAGAAACUCGCCACUGAACACCCCGACCUGAGAGACGCCUACCUCGCUAAGAUACCGCUAUUACAGAAGAGGAAGGAAACGUGCAGUAACCAGGAAGUUGUUCAAAGGGAACUUGAUGACCUUCAGACGGCCUUUGAUGAAGUCGAGGCCAAAUUGGUGAAAGGUUCCCCAGGUGAGACGUGGUUGCUGUACGGCGACUUGACCGCGGCGGAUAUUUCCCUGGCAGUGCUGCUCCGACGUCUGGCACUGAGUGGUCUGGCCUCCGUCUAUUUCUCCCCCACCCUGAGGCCGGCACUACACAAGUACUGGCUGCGUCUACAGACUCUCCCAGCAUACAGUCGGCUGGGGGACAUCGCUGCCAAGUACGGCGUCCAGGCGUAGUUACAUCAUUACAUGUACUACCGACACAUCAGACACCAUGGGUGUGGACACGUGUAUCAGGACAUUGACCAGACUGAGGCCCCUUUAGUCAGGAAUAUAUAGUCCCCAGUGAUUUAAAAUAAUCCGGAAUGAAUACACACCGUAACCUGAUAUUAAUACUGUAAACAUCAGCCUAAUGUUAACUAGCAUACAGUCCCCGAAAUAAUGUUAUGUAUAAGGUCAAUUAUAAAUAAUUCUAUAUCGGAACACUGUCUCGUAAUUUCAGGACGUGUAUCAGGACAUAGACCAGACUGGUGCACCUUUAGUCGGGAAGAUACAGUUCCCAGUAAUUUGAAAUAAUCCGGAUUUACACAUCGUGAUUACACAUCGUGAAGUAAUGUCCCCUUGUACGUGUACGUACGCACGCGUACGUGAGUGCGAGUGUGUGUUCGUGCGUACGUACCUGCGUUUGUGGGAGUUCCGGUCUCUAACGGGGUUUCGCCGUCUAUGACGCAAGUGUAUAGGGCGUUAUUAUAUACGAGAUAAGAUAGAUCACUGCCUUAUCUGGACACCCAUUAAAGGCUACCAUCGGAUUGGGCGGAAUCACUUCCUCUACACUUCCGGGCAAAAUAAACUAUACACUUGAAAAUUGGAUUUGACCAACAAUAAGAAAUGUUAUCAAACGUUACAAGGCUGAAAACAGUCUCUAAUCACUGCAAACAGUCGUCCAAAACACAACUAUGAUACUUGUAUCAAAUACAGAAUCAUCGAGUAGCCA